UUGUACGUCACACUGAAGCGCGCUGAGUUAUGUCCACCUUCCGACUAAUUACUGAAAAUGUUGACUUACCCAUGACUUAUUAGUGGUUUGCAUACAAUUAAAGACAGUAAGAAGCAAUACAAUGUGGAUAUUGACCCCCUUGGAGCCCGGAGGUGAGACCCACUAUCUCAUCUCCUGCAAAGAGUAUGUUGUGGGGCGCAAGAACUGUGACGUCCUCCUGGCCAACGACCAGUCCAUCAGCAGAGCUCAUGCUUGUCUCACAGCUACUGACCACACGUUGACUUUAAAAGACACAUCCAAGUACGGUUCGUUUGUCAACGGCCAGCGAACCCCAGAGAACACGCCAGUGAGCUUAAAGUCGGGCGACAGUGUUACAUUUGGGGUUUUUCAAUACAAAUUCAGUGUGGACCACCAGAAGCCAGUGGUGUGUUCAUCAUGUUUGAACAAUGAUGGCAAGGCAUCGAUCUCUCAGGCCCUGCUGGCUUUGGGUGGGAAGCUGGUCAACAACUGGACGCACGAUUGCACCCACCUGGCGAUGCCCUCUGCUAAAGUCACAAUCAAGACUAUUUCUGCUCUCCUGUGCUGUCGCCCCAUCGUGAAGCCGGAGUUCUUCACGGAGCUCUGCGAAGCUGCUCGGCAAAAAUUGCCUCCUCCUAAAGCUGAGAGGUUCAUCCCAGAGAUCGAUGAGCCCAGCUUGAGCAAAGAUGAUGUCAAUCUGGCAGUGAUUCCAGUUCGCAGACAGCUUUUCAGCGGAAAGACCUUCAUAUUCCUCAAUGCCAAACAACUCAAGCGCCUGAGUACAGCAGUGAGCUUUGGACGUGGCGAGAGCCGGCUGCUCGAGGAGGGCUCUCUGCCCCGAGAGCUGCUGGAGUCUCCACACAGCUGUGUGAUCAAUGUGAUGACGGCCAGCUCGCAAACCCUUCCUUUCUCUACCACGGAGUGGGUAAACUCUGUGAAGAACAUCGUUCAAAGAAAAGGGCUCAGAGUCAUCACAGAAUCAGAAAUUGGUUUGGCCGCCAUCUAUGCUUCGUGUGAUAAGUACUGCAAUCCAUCCUGUCUAACACCAGACUCCGAGUCGGCACCAAAAGUGGCCCCCAGAAUCCCCACGGCUUCGCUGUCGCAGAGCGCGCCGGUGGACGAGACGGUGUUACCUGCAGCGUCCCAGAACGUCACGGCUUAUGUGGCUAACACAGAGCCGUCACAAGGGAAAGAACUAUGUGAAGGUACGGGGGUGAUGGCGGUCGGGGAGACUCCCCAGGGGACGCAAAACCAGAACAGCAGUCAGGCCGGUGGAUUCAGACCCUUUGCCAAGAAGACGACCACUCAGUGCGUUGUGCCUGAUACGAUGAGCUCAUCGUUCCACACUGUAGAGGGCGCGGACUCGCAGAAGAAGAAGCCAGAGUCUAAAACAACAGUUUCAGGUGCAGGCAGUAGUGGAAUCAGGUCCCGCACGGCCCUUCCCAGGAGCAACGUGUCUCCCCAGAAACAAUCAACUCUAACCAAAUUCUUCCAAAAUGCCAACAAGAAAAGGCCUUUGGAGGAAGGGCUCUCCUCCAUCACGUCGGAGCCAAAACGUUCUGCACCGGAAUCAGCCGUCCGCACGCAGACGCCAAACACUUUAGCCAAGUCCAAAGAAACAUCCUCGCGUUCAGACAAAGGCCCUGCGGCAAGACCCCAGACUCCACUGCGGCCAGCAGCUGCUCUGUUUGCAGGACGGUCGGAGGCUCCGUCAGACCGCGUCUCUUCCCAGGAGGAGCCACGUAGUAGAAAGAGGAAGGAGAUGGAGGAAGAGAUACAGAUGGAGGAGUUGGAGUCUCUUAUGUCCGAGGACUUGGAGUCUCUUAUGUCCGAGGACUUCUUUGACGAGCAACCGACAGUGAAUCAAGGCCAGCAGGCCCCGCCCACAACACCCAGUUCAACCGAACAGAAACAAAGAUUAGCUACUGUGGAGGCUCCUUCUUCCAGCAAGAGGCAACGGGUCCACCCAGAAGAAAACGUAACGUGCCAGAGGCCGCAAGAGAAGAAGCAAAGAUCUGACCAGGAUGUUUUCACCAUCAAGACUGAGCAGCUUCAUCCUUUAGAGUACGAGACUAAUAUGGAGUCCAGCACACGUCCAGAGGUUUCAUCUGCCAGUACAAGCAAAGACGUGCCUCCUUUUGAAGAUGAUGAUGACGAGUCGUUCAUUGCGGAUUUAGAACUACUACAAGUGGAUAUUUGCCAACCUAAGGAAGAGCCACCGACCCCUCUGAAAGCAGUUUCAAUAAAACCGGAGGUCAAAGAGUCAAAGAUUGAUGAGGAUCUGCCCAACAGGCUGGUGUUAGUGGAGUUCAGAUCUCUCACUGUGACCGCCCCUCCCAAAACCAAACCACAGAGGAUGCAGAACAACGGCCACGCAAAGAACUUCAAGUGCUUUCAGAAGAUCUACGUGACAGGUGCACAGCGCUCACCCCACAUCAUCAGAGGAUCUGAUCUACUGGUUCACAGCAGGGGAAAAAACUCAGAUCUGGAUGAGUUCUUGAAAGACGCAGUCGAGGAGGAGCGUCAGAGCAGACGGGACGAGAGUGUUGGAGAUGACCUCUUCAGGUACAACCCCACCAAACAAACCAGGAGAAGAUGAGAUGCCUUCGGAGUGCAUUGUUUUCAAAGGCACAGGAAGUAUCCAUCAUCAAAGUAUAAAAAGGGUUCCAGAAAACAAUUGAAAUAUGAAUCUUGAUGUCUGUAUUAAGUGCUAAACUGAUCAGAAAUAUUUUCCAGUAUUUUGUAUUGUUCCUGUUCUUUCUAUCUCUGAAUGUAAGUAACGAAGCCACUGACAGCCAACAAUGUAACAAAACAAUCUCAUGUUCAGAGAUUCCUCUUAAAAGUUUUAUUCAUCAAUAAUAAUAAAAAACGCACCAUACAAAACAUUACAAACUCUUCGGUUGUACAAGAGAACAAUAAAACUGCUGCAAGCAGCUAUCUCUUUGUUUUAGAAGUUGAGACCAGUUGAGGUUUCCUGGUUUUGGCUGAACUCAAAGUUUUAAAGAGGGAUUCCAGUUGGUGCGUGUUGAACAGUCGUACGUGAGCCAACAGGCACUUUUACAGAUAUAUAUAAACUGUUUGGAUAAAUUGUGGUCAUGUCAUUCUGUGCGGCUGGUUGAAGUCCACCUGUUGGUGCUCCAUUAAGCCAGCGGUUUGCUCUUUGAGUGGAAAGUGAAAUCAGGGUUACGAUUCAAAUCGGUAGUUAUUUAUCGUUUUAAAGAGUUAUCUGCACUUUUGAGACACACAAUUUCUUCAUUCCUUUAAUGCACUUCUGUCUUUUGCUUACAGCAACUGUUGCUAGGCAAUAUUUCAUGCCUGCAUGCAUAUAUUUAAUAUUCUUAUAGAAACAAUAUACAAGAUUCAACAAUGUUCGAUAUACAGUUGAAAUGUAAUAUUUAAUGUAGGAAAAAACCUGAUCACUAGUUAACUGGUAUGAUCAGCAAAACCUAUUUGGGAAAGUGUAAAACUACUAACUUUGUUAGUGGAAAAAGUUAUGUGACUACAGUAACAAGUUAUUCACCUAAUGCAUGAACCCCCACACGCACGCACACACACACACACACACACACACACACACAAACACUGAGUAGCAUAUUGCAUUUAAGAAAAAUAUCUAGAUGAUACAAUAGAAAAGCAAAGACACAAACAAACAUACUGCAUAAUAAGGGAGGAAGAAUAUUUUGCUACUGCUUCUGCUCACAACCGGUCGAAACGGUUCUUUGACUAUUGGCAAAAUAUGUUUGUUUUGAAGCUGUACUUUCAACAUGCUAUAAACAUGUCUCAAUGUAAUCAUGAGAAUACAAAAAAAGAUGCUCAGAUUUGGCUUGCUAAAACCAUUAAAGGUAAAUCAUUUAGUUGGUAUUGUUAAAAUUGG